AUGAUUUUGCAAAUGCACUUAACAAAGACGUACAGCCAAGGGAUUGAAUUAGCCUGUCAAAAAGAAAGAGAAUUUGUGAAGCACUCGGUGGAAUGCACGUGGAACCUAGCAGAAGCCCAGCAAAAACUUGGUAGCUUAGCACUGCAUAAUUCAGAAUCUUUUGAUCAGGAAUCUGCUCAAGCAAAGACUGAAGCUGCAGAAUUAAGAUGGAGAGAAGAAGAGUGGAGAAAAAAAGAAGAAGCACUAAACCAGAAGGAAGGACACAAUCUAUGGAACACAGAUCCUGUUAGUAAGGAGGUAUUUAAUAAGAGUUUUAUUAAUCAAAAAAGAAAAGAAAGAGAAGAUGAAGAUGUGUCUGAACCACUUACGCAAAAACACGAACAAAAGAUUAGACACUUUGGUAUGUUGAGCAGAUGGGAUGAUAGUCAAAGAUUUUUGUCUGAUCACCCAUAUCUUGUAUGUGAAGAAACAUCUAGAUAUCUUAUGUUGUGGUGUUUUCAUCUGGAAGCAGAACAGAAAAGAGCUCUGAUGGAGCAAGUAGCACACCAAGCUGUUGUAAUGCAGUUUAUUAUAGAAAUUGCCAAAAGCUGCAAUGUGGAUCCAAGAGGUUGUUUCCGUCUCUUUUUUCAAAAAGCCAAAGCUGAAUGGGAGGGUUAUUUUGAGGCUUUUAAAAAUGAACUUGAGGCAUUCAAAACAAGAGUGAGAAUCUGGUCACAAUCACAUGGCUUUCAGACUAUGUUACUACAUGAUCUCAGUGUCAAUCCCGGUCUUGUAGGAGAGCUGGCUUCUUUUUCACAGAAUACAAGUGAUCUACAAGGUUCUAUAAACACAGAUGUCUGCAGUUUAAACUCUGUGACACAAAGAGAUGAAGAAGAAUCCAAAAUGAUGGACACAGUAUAG